AUUUGGUCUUUUAUGUGAAAAAGGCAAGUCGUUGUCGUCUUCUUCUUCCUCAAACUCAGAAUCGAAAUGGGAAACUGUAUCUCGCCUUUCACCGGAGGACUUGCUACAACGUCAGGUGUGAAAGUCUUCACCAUCGCGGAGCUGAAGAAAGCGACCAAGGUUUUUGGAGAUCAGGAUAUGAUAAUAGAAGAGAGCUUCGGAGGAGUAGUAAGGGGAUACAUUGAUCCCAAGACUUUAUCUCCUUCCAAGGAAGGGCUUGGCAUAGCCGUCGUCGUUAAGAUGUGCGUCUUGCGAAACGGAUACGCUUUGAAAGAGUGGCUUGUUGUUGAUUUUGACUUUCUACGACUCAAAUCUCAUCCAUGUUUAGUGAGGCUCAUUGGCUACGGUUCGAAUCGCGAUUACUUAUUCCUAGUUUUUGAAUAUUUUCCAAACGGAAGCUUAGAGCGUCACAUCUAUAGAGAGAGUCGUUCAAAGUCAUUGCCGUGGGAGAUUAGGCUUAAGGUUUCCAUAGGCGCGGCUCAGGGUCUCGCCUUCUUGCACUCUAGGAAGAGCACCGGCCUCUACCGUGGAAAUCUCACAGCUUCAAAAAUCCUGCUCGACCCGGACUUGAAAAGCUAGACGCUGCUCUCAGUGAACGGUCGCAUAUUCCCACGAACAAAAAUAAACCAGCUAGAUUUCACUAUGCACCUCCCGAAUACAUUUUCUCAGGCAACAAUCCUCUGCUUCUUUAUCCUCUAGAAAGUUACACUAACUUUUAACAUUUUGCAAUUACUAACUGCAGGAACGAUCCACAUACCACAUGGCGGGGGAUGUGUACAGUUUUGGUGUUAUACUACUCGAGAUCUUAACUGGUCUCGAUAAUCGGCGCAUAAUCCUAGCUAUGCCAUACGAGAUGACAAGGACAACAUUGCAGAGAUGAUUAAUCCAGAUUUAGAGAAUAGCUAUCCUCUUGAAGAUGGGGUGCGUAUGUGCGAGAUUAUAAAACAAUGCCUAGCAGAAGACCCUAAGAAACGACCAUCCAUGCAACAAGUGCUAGAUCAUUUGAAUGCUAUAGCCAAGAUAUGAGGAGAAAAACUAAUGUA